CGCGCCGCAGCCGUGUACUGGGCGGCCGCGGAGCGCGCGGGACACACGGACGGUCCGUUCGCCACGACCUGCGCCUCGGCCGCCGAGGCCCGUGGCCGCGCUCAGCACGAUGCCCCCGGCGCUGCUCCUGCGGCUGCUGCUGGCCGUCUCCGCAGCGGCGGCCAGCGAGCCCGGGUCGGCGCUGGCCCCUGCCACGGGCGACGCCACCCUGGCCAUCGUCUUCGAUGUCACCGGCUCCAUGUGGGACGACCUGGUGCAGGUGAUGGACGGCGCCUCGCGCAUCCUGGAGCGCAGCCUGAGCCACCGCAGCCGGGCCAUCGCCAACUAUGCGCUGGUGCCCUUCCACGACCCAGACGUUGGCCCUGUGACCCUCACGGAGGACCCAGCGGUGUUCCAGAGGGAGUUGAGAGAACUCUACGUGCAGGGAGGCGGUGACUGCCCCGAGAUGAGCGUGGGGGCCAUCAAGGCCGCCGUGGAGGUUUCCUACCCCGGCUCCUUCAUCUUCGUCUUCUCAGACGCCCGGGCCAAGGACUAUCACAAAAAGGAUGAGCUGCUGCGGCUCCUGCAGCUGAAACAGUCGCAGGUGGUCUUCGUGCUGACGGGGGACUGUGGUGACCGCACGCAUCCUGGCUACCUGGCCUACGAGGAGAUCGCUGCCACCAGCUCUGGGCAGGUGUUCCACCUGGACAAGCAGCAGGUGACCGAGGUGCUGAAGUGGGUGGAGUCAGCGAUCCAGGCGUCCAAGGUGCACCUGCUGUCCACGGACCACGAGGAGCAGGGCGAGCACUUGUGGAGGAUCCCCUUCGACCCCAGCCUGAAGGAGGUCACCAUCUCCCUGAGCGGCCCGGGCCCCGAGAUCGAAGUCCGAGACCCGCUGGGGAGGAUCCUGCAGAAGGACGAGGGCCUCAACGUGCUUCUCAACAUCCCUGACUCGGCCAAGGUGGUGGCCUUUAAGCCGGAGCAUCCUGGGCUCUGGUCCAUCAAGGUCUACAGCAGCGGCCGCCAUUCGGUGAGGAUCACGGGCAUCAGCGACAUCAACUUCCGCGCCGGCUUCUCCACUCAGCCCUCUCUGGACCUCAACCACACCAUCGAGUGGCCCCUGCAAGGGGUGCCCAUCUCCCUGGUGAUCAACUCCACGGGCCUGCAGGCCCCUGGCCGCGUCGACUCGGUGGAGCUCUCACGCAGUUCAGGGCAGCCCCUCCUGACUCUGCCCACGCAGCUGCUCUCCAACGGAUCCGCCCAUCAGCUGUGGGGUGGGCCGCCCUUCCAUGCCCCCCAGGAGCGCUUCUACCUCAAGGUCAAGGGCGAGGACCACGAGGGGAACCCCCUCCUUCGUGUCUCUGGAGUUGCCUAUAGUGGGGUGGCCCCAGGCGGGCCCCUGGUCAGCAUGCCCCCCAGGAUCCACGGCUACCUGCACCAGCCCCUGCUGGUCUCCUGCUCCGUGCACAGCACCCUCCCCUUCCGGCUGCAGCUGCGGCGUCAUGGAGCCAGGCUGGGCGAGGAGCGGCACUUGCAGGAGUCGGGGAACAGCAGCUGGGAGAUCCCGCGGGCCUCCAAGGCCGAGGAAGGCACGUACGAGUGCACAGCGGUCAGCAGGGCUGGGACCGGACGGGCGCAGGCCCAGGUCAUCGUCACAGACCCUCCGCCACAGCUGGUCCCGGCGCCCAACGUGACCGUGUCCCCAGGGGAGACGGCCAUCCUGUCCUGCCGGGUCCUGGGCGAGGCCCCCCACAACCUGACGUGGGUGCGGGACUGGCGGGUCCUGCCGGCCUCCACGGGCAGAGUCAGGCAGCUGGACGACCUGUCCCUGGAGGUCAGCGCCGUCGUCCCCAGCGACGGCGGGCGGUACCAGUGCAUAGCCAGCAACGCCAACGGGGUCACGAGGGCAUCCGCCUGGCUCCUGGUGCGAGAGGCCCCGAAGGUCAGCAUCUACACCAGGUCCCAGCGCUUCUCCCAGGGCGUGGAGGUGAGGGUCAGCUGCUCGGCGUCUGGGUACCCUGCACCCCACAUCUCCUGGAGCCGUGACGGUCACACCCUGCAAGAGGACAGCAGAAUCCACGUGGAUGGCCAGGGAACCCUCAUCAUUCAGGGACUGGCCCCAGAGGAUGCUGGGAAUUACAGCUGCCGGGCUGCUAACGAGGUUGGCACAGACGAGGAAAUGGUCACCCUCUACCACACAGACCCACCCUCGGUCUCCGCCGUCAGCGCGGUGGUGCUCGCCGCCGUGGGACAGGAGGCCGUGCUGGCGUGCGAGGUGUCCGGGGUGCCGCCGCCCCGGCUCAUCUGGUAUCGAGAGGGUCUCGAGAUGAUCCUGGCCCCUGAGGACUCCAGCUCUGGGGCGCUGCGGAUCCCGGUGGCUCAGGAGAGGGAUGCUGGCGUCUACACCUGCCGAGCCGUCAAUGAGUUGGGCGCCGCCUCUGCGGAAAUCCGGCUGGAGGUUGGACAUGCGCCCCGGCUGAUGGAGCUGCCCCGGGAGGUCGCCGUGGAGCUGGGCAGGAGCGCCCUCCUGGCCUGUCGGGCCACAGGCCGCCCGCCCCCGACCGUCACCUGGCGCCGUGGGGACAGCCAGCCGCUGGAGCCGGGCCGGGCCAGCAGGACCCGGCAGCCCGAGUCAGGAGUGCUGUUUUUUGAAAGUGUGGUCCCUGAAGACCAGGCCCCAUAUGUCUGUGAAGCACAAAAUGUCUUUGGGAAGGUCCAGGCGGAGACCCGGCUCCUGGUGACUGGACACGCCCCCCCACAGAUCGCCAGCGGCGCCCCCACCGUGCGGGUGCUGGAGAGGCAGCCCGUGUCGCUGCCCUGCAUCAUCCUGGCCGGGAGGCCCUUCCCUGAGAGGCGCUGGCUCAAGGCCGGCCAGCCACUCCCGGCCGGCAGCCGGCACUCGGUGCGAGCUGAUGGCAGCCUCCACCUGGACCGGGCGCUGCAGGAGGACGCGGGGAAGUACAGCUGCGUGGUCACCAACACGGCCGGCUCCCAGCACAGGCAUGUGCAGCUGGUCGUCCAGGUGCCCCCUAGAAUCCGGUCCACUGCCACCCACCACGUCACCAACGAAGGGGUUCCGGCCUCUCUCCCCUGCGUCGCCUCAGGAGUCCCCACCCCCACCGUCACCUGGACCAAGGAGACCAGUGCCCUGACCUCCGGCGGUCCCCACUACAGCGUGAGCAAGGAUGGCACCUUGGUCAUCGCCCAGCCGUCCCCCCGGGACGCAGGGGCCUACGUCUGCACGGCCACGAACAGCGUGGGCUUCUCCAGCCAGGAGAUGCGGCUGUCCGUCAACACCAAGCCCACGAUCCACGGGAAUUUCUCACAUGAUGCCGGCGAGCCUCUGAGAGUCACAGCCAAGGCCGGUGAUGAGGUGACCCUGGACUGCGAGGCCCAAGGCUCCCCACCCCCACUGGUCACCUGGACCAAGGACUCCCACCCUGUGCCAGCCGCCCCUGACAGGCAUCGCCUCCUCCCGUCGGGCUCCCUGCGUCUGGCCCAGGCCCAGGCGGGUGACAGCGGUCUCUACCAGUGCAGAGCCAGUAACCCCGCAGGGUCUGCCGCUCGGCACUACGUCCUCGGGGUGCAAGUCCCCCCUCAGGUGCAGCCAGGCCCACGGGUCCUGAAGGUCCUGGCGGGUGAAGCUGUGGACCUGAACUGCGUGGCCGAGGGCACCCCAGAGCCCAGGCUGAACUGGUCCAAGGAUGGGGAGGCCCUGUGGGGUGGGGGGCCCGAGGGCUCCGUCCAUUUUGCAGCCAUCCGAACUUCUGAUGCCGGCAUGUACCGCUGCGAGGCUGCCAACAGCGCCGGGGUAGACGCCUGGGAGCUGGAGCUCAGGGUGCUGGAGCCACCGCACUGGGGAGCCGAUGAGACCAGCGGGCUGCUGGAGAGAGUGGCAGGAGAGAACGCCAGCCUGCCGUGCCCUGCCAGAGGGACACCCCAGCCGCAGGUCACGUGGCGGAAGGGCCCGUCCUCGGAGCCCCUGCGCGGCCGGCCGGGCCUGGCGGUGCUGGACGAAGGCUCCCUGUUCCUGGCCUCGGUCUCCCCCAGUGACGGCGGAGACUACGAGUGCCAGGCCAGCAACGAGGCGGGCGCCGCCUCCCGGAGGGCCAAGCUGGUGGUGCUUGUGCCCCCCAGCAUCCGGGAGGACGGACGCAGGGCCAACGUGUCGGGCAUGGCCGGGCAGGCCCUGAUGCUGGAGUGUGACGCCAACGGCUUCCCAGCCCCUGAGAUCACGUGGUUCAAGGAUGGGCAGCUGAUCCCCGAGGGGGACAGCCACCGCCUCCUGAACGAGGCCCGGGCCCUCCACCUCCCCAGGAUCCAGGCGGGCGAUUCUGGCCUCUACUCCUGCCGGGCGGAGAACGCGGCGGGCACCGCCCAGCGGGACUUCGAGCUUCUCGUGCUCAUCCCACCUUCUGUGCUUGGAGCCGGGGCUGCCCAGGAGGUGCUGGUCCUGGCUGGUGCGCAGGUGGAGCUGGAGUGCUGGACCUCGGGGGUCCCUACGCCCCAGGUGGAGUGGACCAAGGACAGACAGCCCAUCCUUCCCGGGGACCCGCACGUCCAGCUCCUGGAGGACGGCCAGCUGCUCAGAAUCACCAGCAGCCACCUGGGCGACGAGGGGCGGUACCAGUGCGCGGCCAUCAGCCCAGCCGGCCAGCAGGCCAAGGACUUUCAGCUCAGAAUCCACUCACCCCCUACCAUCUGGGGCUCCAACGAGACAAGCGAGGUGGCCGUCAUAGAGGGCCACCCGGCGCGGCUCCUGUGUGAGGCCCGCGGCGUGCCUGCUCCUGACGUCACCUGGUUCAAGGACGGGGCCCCGCUGCCCCCCAGCCCCGAGGCUGUGUACACCCGGGGCGGCCGGCAGCUGCAGCUGGGGCGGGCCCAGGGCUCGGAUGCGGGCGUCUACACCUGCCAGGCCCGCAACCCCGUGGGCGUCGCGGAGAAGGCCACCAGGCUGGAGGUGUACGUCCCGCCCACCAUCGAGGGCGCCAGCCAAGGGCCUCACUUGGUGAAGGCGGUGGCUGGCAGACCCUUGGGCCUGGAGUGCGUGGCCAGAGGCUACCCACCCCCCACCCUGUCCUGGUACCACGAGGGGCUGCCCCUGGCGGAGAGCAACGGGACGUGGCUGGAGGCGGGCAGCGGCCUGCUGAGCCUGGACAGCCUGGGGGAGGCAGCCGGAGGCCUGUACAGCUGCGUGGCCAGCAGCCCUGCGGGGGAGGCCGUGCUGCAAUACGCCGUGGAUGUGCAGGUGCCCCCACAGCUGCUGGUGGCCGAAGGCUUGGGCCAGGUGACCACCCUCGUGGGACAGCCCCUGGAGAUUCCCUGCCAGGCCUCGGGCUCCCCGGUGCCCACUAUCCAGUGGCUGCAGAACGGCCGCCCGGCCGAGGAGCUGGUGGGGGUGCAGGUGGCCUCCCAGGGGACCACCCUGCACAUCGACCACGUGGAGCCGGGCCAUGCGGGCCUCUUCUCCUGCCAGGCCACCAACGAGGCAGGCACCGCAGGGGCCGAGGUGGAGCUGUCUGUGCACGAGCUCCCAUCGGCGGUCAUCAUCGACGGUGAGAACAUCACAGCCCCCUUCCUGCAGCCUGUGACCCUCCGGUGUGCGGGGACUGGGGUGCCUACCCCCAGCCUCCGCUGGUGGAAGGAUGGGGUGGCCCUGGCAGCCUCAGGGGGGAACCUGCAGAUUGAGAAGGUGGACCUGAGGGACGAAGGCGUCUACACCUGUGUCGCCACUAACUUGGCCGGCGAGAGCAGAAAGGAUGCGGUGCUCAAGGUUUUGGUGCCCCCCAACAUUGAGCCGGUCCCGGCCAACAAGGCAGUGCUGGAAAAUGCCUCCGUGACCUUGGAGUGCCUGGCUUCCGGCGUGCCCCCUCCAGACAUCUCCUGGUUCAAGGGCCGCCAGCCUGUCUCUGCUCGGAAGGGAGUCACGGUGUCAGCUGACGGGAGAGUUCUCCUCAUUGAGAGAGCCCAACUCUCGGACGCUGGGAGCUACCGUUGUGUGGCGUCCAAUGUGGCGGGUCGCACGGAGCUGCAGUAUGGCCUGCGGGUCAAUGUGCCUCCGCGCAUCACGCUGCCGCCCAGCCUGCCAGGCCCCGUGCUGCUCGGCGCCCCAGUCCGGCUGACCUGCAGCGCCACCGGCAGUCCCAGCCCCACCUUGCUGUGGCUGAAGGAUGGAAACCCCGUGUCCACGGCAGGGACCUCCGGCCUCCAGGUCUUUCCCGGGGGCCGCACCCUCACGCUAGCCAGUGCCCGGGCCUCCGACUCUGGCACCUACUCCUGCGUGGCUGUGAGUGCCGUGGGCGAGGACUGCCGGGACGUCGCCCUGCACGUCCACGUGCCGCCCAGCAUCCUCGGGGAAGAGCUGAAUGUGUCCGUCGUGGCCAACGAGUCAGUGGCCCUGGAGUGCCAGAGCCACGCCGUGCCCCCUCCGGUGCUGAGCUGGCGGAAGGACGGCCGCCCCCUGGAGCCGCGGCCCGGAGCCCGCCUCUCUGCAGACAAGGCCUUGCUGGAGGUGGACAGGGCAGAGGUGUGGGACGCAGGCCGCUACACCUGUGAGGCGCUGAACCAGGCGGGCCGCUCGGAGAAACACUACAACCUCAACGUCUGGGUCCCUCCAGUGUUCCCCUCGAGGGAGCCCCGCAUCCUGACUGUGACCGAGGGACACCCCACCAGGCUGUCCUGCGAAUGUCGGGGUGUCCCUUUCCCCAAGAUCACCUGGAGGAAGGACGGUCAGCCCGUGCCCCGGGAGGGGGCGGGCCUCGGACAGGUGUCGGCGGUGGGGCGGCUGCUGUACCUGGGACCAGCCCAGCCGGCCCAGGAGGGAACGUACACCUGUGAGUGCAGCAACGUGGCCGGAAAUAGCAGCCAGGACCAGCAGCUAGAGGUGCAUGUUCCCCCGCAGAUCGCUGGCCCCCGGGAGCCCCCCACACAGGUCUCCGUGGUCCAGGACGCGGAGGCCACUCUGGAAUGCAACGUCACGGGGAAACCCCCACCCAGGGUGACGUGGCAGCGGGACGGCCAGCCGGUGGGAGCCGCACCGGGCCUGCGGCUGCAGAACCAGGGUCAGAGCCUGCACGUGGAGCGGGCACAGGCUGCCCACGCGGGACGCUAUAGCUGCCUGGCCGAGAACGUGGCUGGGAGGGCCGAGAGGAGGUUUGCGCUGUCCGUGCUGGUGCCCCCAGAGCUCAUCGGAGACUCAGACCCGCUGACCAACGUCACUGCCGCCUUGCACAGCCCCUUGACGCUGCUCUGUGAAGCCACAGGCAUCCCACCCCCGGGGGUCCGCUGGUUCCGAGGGGAGGAGCCCAUCAGCCCCAGGGAGGACACCUACCUCUUGGCAGGUGGCUGGAUGCUGAAGGUGACCCGGACCCAGGAGCGGGACAGAGGCCUCUACUCCUGCCUGGCCAGCAACGAGGCUGGGGAGGUGCGGAGGAACUUCAGCGUGGAGGUCCUGGUUCCUCCCAGUAUCGAGAAUGAGGACCUGGAGGAGGUGGUCAAGGUUCCCGAGGGACAGACAGCCAACCUGACGUGCAACGCCACAGGCCACCCACAGCCCAGGGUCACAUGGUUCAAAGACGGCCGGCCCCUGGCUGGUGGAGACACCCAGCAUGUCUCUCCAGACGGAGCCCUUCUGCAGGUCCUCCAGGCCAACCUGUCCAGUGCCGGCCACUACUCCUGCAUUGCAGCCAACGCCGCGGGGGAGAGGACCAAGCAUGUCCAGCUGAGCGUCCUGGUGGCUCCCUCCAUCCUGGGGGUGACCGAGGAUGGUGCAGACGAGGAGGUGACCGUGACCAUCAACAACCCCAUUUCUCUGAUCUGCGAGGCGCUGGCCUUCCCCGCCCCCACCAUCACCUGGAUGAAGGACGGGUCCCCAUUUGAGGCCUCAAACAACAUUCAGCUGCUCCCAGGUACCCACGGGCUGCAGAUCUUGAACGCCCAGAAGGAAGACGCAGGCCAGUACACCUGCGUGGUCACCAACGACCUUGGGGAGGCCAUGAAGAACUACCACGUGGAAGUCCUCAUUCCCCCUUCCAUCUCCAAAGACGACUCCAUGGGGGAGGUCGGUGUGAAGGAAGUGAAGACCAAGGUCAACAGUACCCUGACCCUGGAGUGUGAGUGCUGGGCGGCGCCCCCACCUGCCAUCAGCUGGUACAAGGACGGACAGCCCGUGGCCCCCCACGAGCGGCUCCGCGUCCUGGGCGAAGGGCGGCUGCUACAGAUCCAGCCCACGCAGGUCUCAGAUUCGGGGCGGUACCUGUGCGUGGCCACCAACGUGGCCGGCGAGGACGACCAGGACUUCAACGUGCUCAUCCAGGUGCCCCCCAUGUUCCAGAAAGUGGGUGAUGCCAGUGCCACCUUCGAAACCCUGUUCCGGGAGGAGGAGGCCCGGGGCGGGGUGACGGAAUACCGGGAGGUCGUGGAGAACAGCCCCGCAUACCUGUACUGCGACACCAACGCGGUCCCGCCCCCGGAGCUCACCUGGUACAGGGAGGACCAGCCCCUCUCGGCCACAGACGGGGUGUCUGUCCUGCAAGGAGGCCGGGUCCUGCAGAUCCCCCUGGUGCGCGCGGAGGAUGCUGGGAGGUACUCGUGCAAGGCCUCCAACGAGGUGGGCGAGGACUGGCUGCACUAUGAGCUGAUGGUGCUGACCCCACCUGUGAUCCCGGGGGACACCGAGGAGCUGGUGGAGGAGGUGACCGUCAAUGCCAGCAGCACUGUCAGCCUACAGUGUCCAGCCCUGGGCAACCCCACGCCCACCAUCUCGUGGCUCCAGAACGGGCUGCCCUUCUCCCCGAGCCCACGGCUGCAGGUCCUGGAGGACGGGCAAGUCUUGCAGGUUUCCACGGCAGAGGUGGCCGAUGUUGCCAGCUACAUGUGUGUGGCCGAGAACCCGGCGGGCUCCGUGGAGAAGCUCUUCACACUUAGGGUGCAAGUCCCACCGCACAUCACAGGCCCGGACUCAGAGCAGGUCACCGCCACCCUCAACAGCAGCGUGUCCCUCCCCUGCGACGUCCGUGCUCACCCGAGCCCCGAGGUCACGUGGUACAAGGACGGCCAGGCCCUCUCCCUGGGCGAAGGCGUCUUCCUCCUGCCUGGCACCCACACGCUGCAGCUGGCCCGGGCACAGCCGGCAGACUCCGGGACGUACAUGUGCGAGGCCCUCAAUGCCGCCGGCCGAGACCAGAGGCUGGUGCGGCUCAGCGUGCUGGUUCCCCCCACCUUCAGGCAGGCUCUCGGCGGCCCCCAGGAUGGGUUCCCGGUGAGGGCAGGGGACAAGGCCGUUCUGAGCUGUGAGACAGACUCGCUCCCUGAGCCAGCCGUGACCUGGUACAAAGAUGGGCAGCCCCUGGUCCUGGCGCCGCGGACCCAGACUCUGCAGGGUGGGCAGAAGCUGGCGAUCCUGGACACCCAGGUGUCAGACAAAGGUGUGUACAGCUGUAAGGUCAACAACACGGCUGGAGAGGCCAUGCGGACAUUCGUCCUCACCGUCCAGGUGCCCCCAACGUUUGAGAACCCCAAGACGGAGACAGUGAGCCAGGUGGCUGGGAGCCCCCUGGUGCUGACCUGUGAUGUCACCGGGGUCCCUGCCCCCAGGGUCACCUGGCUGAGGGACAGAAUGCCCGUUGAGAGCAGCGUGGCGCACGGCGUGGUCUCCCGUGGGGGCCGCCUCCAGCUGAGUCGCCUGCAGCCGGCCCAGGCUGGCACCUAUACGUGCGUGGCCGAGAACGCGCAGGCCGAGGCCCGCAAGGACUUCGCGGUGGCCGUGCUGGUGGCCCCCCGGAUCCGGAGCGCGGGUGCCCCACAGGAGCACAGCGUCCUGGAGGGGCAGGAGGUGCGGCUGGACUGCGAAGCUGAUGGGCAGCCACCGCCCGAGGUGGCCUGGCUGAAGGACGGCCGCCCACUGGGCCAGGGCGUGGGCCCCCACCUCCGCUUCUACCUGGACAGCAGCUCCCUGGUGCUGAAGGGCCUGAUGGCCUCGGACUCGGGCGCCUACACCUGCGUGGCCCACAACGCGGCCGGGGAGGACGCCCGGCUGCACACCGUGAGCGUGCUGGUGCCUCCCGCCAUGGAGCAGGGGACAGAGGGCGCAGGGCCCCUGGUGCACAGGGCCGGGGAGCUGGUGACCAUGGCGUGCCCGGUCCGGGGCUCCCCGCCCAUCCACAUGAGCUGGCUCAAGGACGGCCUGCCCCUCCCGCUCUCCCAGCGCACCCACCUCCACGGCUCCGGCCGCAUCCUCAGGAUUUCCCGGGUGCAGUUGGCAGAUGCCGGCGUCUUCACCUGUGUGGCUGCAAGCCCCGCCGGCGUGGCCGACAGGAACUUCACCUUGCAGGUGCACGUGCCCCCUGUCCUGGAGCCAGCGGAGUUCCAGAACAAUGUGGCAGUGGUCCGUGGCUCCCCGGUGGUCCUCCCCUGUGAAGCCCACGGCAGCCCCCUGCCCCUAGUGUCAUGGAUGAAGGACGGGGAGCCCCUGUUCCUCCAGAGUCUUGAACAGGGGCCGGGCCUGCAGCUGGAGACGGCGGGAGCUGAGGACUCGGGGACCUACUCCUGCGUGGCCAUGAGCGAGGCGGGGGAGGCACGGAGGCAUUUCCAGCUGACGGUGAUGGAUCCCCCCCACAUCGAGGACUCGGGCCAGCCCGCAGAACUGUCGCUGACCCCUGGUGCCCCCUUGGAGCUUCGCUGUGAUGCCCGGGGCACCCCCUUGCCCAACAUCACCUGGCAUAAGGAUGGGCAGGCCCUGAACAGCCAGGAGGACAGCAGAGGGACUGGGCAGCGGCUCCGGGUGGAGGCUGUGCAGGUGGGCGAUGAUGGGCUGUACACUUGCCUGGCCCACAACCCUGCUGGCGAAAUCGAGAAGAGCUUCCGGGUCAGGGUUCAAGCCCCUCCAAACGUUAUUGGGCCCCGAGGCCCCCGCUCUGUGGUUGGCCUGGCCCCGGGGCAGCUGGUUCUGGAGUGCUCCGUGGAGGCGGAUCCCGCCCCCGAGAUUGAGUGGCACCGAGAUGGCAUCCUGCUACAGGCAGACGCCCACACCCAGUUCCCAGAGCAGGGCCGGUUCCUCCAGCUGCAGGCCCUGAGCACGGCCGACAGCGGCAACUACAGCUGCACAGCCCGCAACGCCGCGGGCAGCACCAGCGUGGCCUUCCACGUGGAGAUCCAUACGGUGCCCUCCAUCCAGCCGGGACCACCAGUGGUGAACGCCUCCGUGAACCAGACCGUCCUGCUGCCCUGCCAGGCGGAGGGGGCCCCGCCACCCCUCAUGAGCUGGCGGAAGGACGGGGCCCCCCUGGACCUUGGGAGCCCCAGAUUGCAGGUUCUGCCCGAGGGUUCCCUGAGGAUCCAGCCAGUCCUUGCCCAGGACUCUGGCCACUACCUCUGCCUGGCGUCCAACUCUGCGGGCUCCGAUCGGCAGGCCCGUGACCUCCGGGUCUUCGAGCCUCCCGCCAUCGCCCCCAGCCCCUCCAACCUGACCCUGACAGCCCACACCCCCGCCUCGCUGCCCUGCGAGGCCAGGGGCUCCCCCAAGCCCCUCGUGGCCUGGUGGAAGGACGGACAGAAGCUGGACUUCCGCCUGCAGCAGGGCGCCUACCGGCUCCUGCCCUCCAAUGCCCUACUCCUCGCAGCCCCCGGCCCCCAGGACGCAGCCCAGUUUGAGUGUGUGGUGAGCAAUGAGGUGGGAGAGGCCCGCAAGCGGUACCAGGUGACCAUCCACGUGCCCCCCACCAUCGCCGACGACCAGACGGACUUCACUGUGACCCAGAUGGCCCCUGUGGUCCUCACGUGCCACAGCUCCGGCGUGCCCGCCCCCACGGUGUCCUGGAGCAAGGCAGGCCUCCCUCUGGGGGCCCGGGGGAGUGGCUAUCGUGUCUCGCCUUCGGGCGCCCUGGAGAUCGGGCAGGCCCUCCCCGUCCACGCCGGCCGCUACACCUGCACGGCCCAGAACUCCGCAGGCGUGGCCCGCAAGCACGUAGCCCUGACCGUGCAAGCCUCGCCCGUGGUGAAGCCACUGCCCAGCGCGGUCCGGGCCCUGGUGGAGGAGGAGGUGCUGCUGCCUUGCGUGGCCUGGGGUGUCCCCCGGCCCAGCAUCGCCUGGCAGAAGGAGGGGCUCAGCAUCCCUGAGGGAAAGGGUACCCAGGUCCUACCCAGCGGACAGCUGCGGAUCACCCACGCCCGCCCAGAGGACGCCGGGAACUACUUUUGCAUCGCCCAGAACAGCGCGGGCAGUGCCGUGGGCAGAACUCGGCUGGUGGUGCAAGUUCCUCCCGUGAUCGAGACCGGCCUCCCCGACCUGGCCACCACCGAAGGCUCCCACGCCCUCCUGCCCUGCACCGCCCGGGGCAGCCCCGAGCCGGACAUCACCUGGGAAAAGGACGGCCAGCCUGUGUCCGGAGCUGAGGGCAAGUUCAGCAUCCAGCCAUCCGGGCAGCUGCUGGUGAGGAACUCAGAGAGCCAGGAUGCUGGUACCUACACCUGCACAGCCGAGAACCCCGUGGGCUGCGCCCGCCGCCGGGUGCACCUCACCAUCCUGGCGCUGCCCGUCUUCACCACCCUGCCUGGGGACCGCAGCCUGCGCCCCGGGGACAGGCUGUGGCUUCGCUGUGCGGCCCGGGGCAGCCCUACGCCCCGCAUUGGCUGGACCGUCAAUGACCGGCCAGUCACAGAGGGCGUGUCCGAACUGGACGGGGGCAGCACGCUGCAGAGGGUGGCGGUCAGCAGGGAGGACAGCGGGACCUACGUCUGCUGGGCUGAGAACAGAGUGGGCCGCGUGCAGGCUGUCAGCUUCGUCCACGUGAAGGAGGCUCCUGUCCUACAAGGAGAAGCCUUCUCCUACCUGGUGGAACCUGUGGGGGGCAGCCUGCGCCUGGACUGUGAGGUCCACGGAGACCCGGCGCCUGACAUCCACUGGAUCAAAGACGGCCUUCCGCUGCGGGGCAGCCGACUCCGGCACCAGCUGCAGAAUGGCUCGCUGACCAUCCGCAGGACGGAGAUGGGCGACUCGGGGCGGUACCAGUGCCUGGCAGAGAAUGAGGUGGGCGCCGUGGAGAAAGUGGUGGUCCUGCUGCUGCAGAGCGCCCCGGUGUUCCAGGUGGAGCCCCAGGACGUGACAGUGAGAUCCGGGGACGACGUGGCCCUGCAGUGCCAGGCCAUUGGUGAGCCGGCGCCCACGGUGGAGUGGCUGCGUGCGGGGCAGCCCUUGCGGGCCGGCCGGCGGCUGCGGACCCUGCCGGAUGGGAGCCUGUGGCUGGAGCGAGUGGAGACGAGGGACACGGGCACAUACGAGUGCGUCGCUCACAACCUCCUGGGCUCUGCCACAGCCCGAGCGUCCUUGGUUGUGAAAGGGGAGCCCCGGGGGGGCCGGGGCAGCAUGAUCGGGGUGAUCAAUGGCCAGGAGUUGGGCGUGGCCACUCUCAACGCCAGUGUGCAGCAGGAGGCGCGCUCAGGGGUCACCACCUUCCGGAGCAGCAUCGGCCACCUCCCUGCGAGUGUGGGGCCUCUGAUGCGGGUACUCGUGGUCACCAUCGCCCCCAUCUACUGGGCACUGGCCGGAGAGCAUGGCGACGCCCUGAACGGCCACUCCCUGACGGGGGGCAGCUUCCGGCAGGAGUCGCACAUGGAGUUUUCUACAGGGGAGCUGCUUACGAUGACCCAGGUGGCCCGGGGCCUGGAUCCCGACGGCCUCCUGCUCCUGGACGUGGCGGUUCACGGCGUCAUCCCCGAGAGCCUGGCUGAUGCAGAUCUCCAAGCGCAGGACUUCCAGGAGGACUACGUGCAGACGGGCCCCGGCCAGCUCUUCGUGGGCUCCACGCAGCGCUUCCUGCAGGACAGCCGGCCCGUGUCCCUGCGCUGCAACCACAGCAUCCAGUACGAGGCGGCGCGGGGCCCGCAGCCCCAGCUGGUGCAGCACCUGCAGGCCUCGGCUAUCAGCGCGGCCUUCGACCCUGCGGCUGAGGCCCUGCGCUUCCAGCUCACCACAGCCCUGCAAGCCGAAGAGAAUGAAGGCUGCCCCGAGGGCUUUGAGCUGGACUCCCAGGGAGAGUUUUGCGUGGAUGUGGACGAGUGUGCGUGGCCUACUGACCUGUGCCCGGAGGGACAGCGCUGUGUGAACCUGCUGGGGUCCUACCGCUGCCUCCCUGACUGUGGGCCUGGCUUCCGGGUGGCCGCCGACGGGGCUGAUUGUGAAGAUGUGGACGAGUGCCUGGAGCAGUCUGACGAAUGUCACUACAACCAGAUCUGUGAGAACACCCCGGGCGGGCACCACUGCAGCUGCCCCAGGGGGUACCGGACCCAGGGCCCCGGCCUGCCCUGCCUGGACAUCAACGAAUGUCUGCAGCUGCCCAGGACCUGUGCCUUCCAGUGCCAAAACCUCCAGGGCGGCUACCGCUGUGUGUGCCCCCCGGGCCACAGCCUCCUCCCGGAUGGCAAGGCCUGCACCCCGAAGGAGCGGAGUGCCCAGAAUGUGACCACCGUCAGCCACCCGGGCCGCUUGGUGCCCUGGCUGCGGCCCCGAGCCCUCCUCCCCGGUGGUGCCUACCACGCCUGGGUCUCCCUGAGGCCACGCCCCAGGGCCCCGAGCAGCGUGGGCCACGCCUGGUGCCCCCCGGGCUUCAUCCGGCAGAACGGCAUCUGCAUGGACCUGGACGAGUGCCGGGUGCGGAGCCUGUGCCAACACGCCUGCCGGAACACGGAGGGCAGCUACCGGUGCCUCUGCCCCUCGGGCUACCGCCUCCUCCCCAGUGGGAAGAACUGCCAGGACAUCAACGAGUGCGAGGAGGACGGCAUCGAGUGCGGGCCCGGCCAGAUGUGCUUCAACACCCGCGGCAGCUACCAGUGUGUGGACACGCCGUGUCCCGCCACCUACCGGCAGGGCUCCAGCCCCGGGACGUGCUUCAGGCGCUGCUCGCAGGACUGCAGCGCCGGCCCCUCCACGCUGCAGUACAAGCUGCUGCCGCUGCCCCUGGGGGUGCGCGCCCACCACGACGUGGCGCGCCUGACCGCCUUCUCGGAGGCCGGCGUCCCCGCCAACCGCACGGAGCUCAGCGUGCUGGAGCCCGACCCGCGGAGCCCCUUCGAGCUGCGCCUCCUGCGCGCGGGCCUGGGCGCCGUCUACACCCGCCGCGCGCUCACCCGCGCCGGCCUCUACCGGCUCACCGUGCGCGCCGCGGCCCCGCGCCGCCAGAGCCUCUACGUCCUGCUCAUAGCCGUGUCCCCCUACCCCUACUGAGGGGCGGCUCGUGGCCCCCCUGCUGUUGCGCCAGCCGGAGCCUCCGGAGAGGGGUGGGAAGGAGCUAGAAUAACCCCCCUCGCCCAGGCCCUUGCGUAAGGGGUGUCAUCUUCUCCCGCCUCCAUGCGUCAUCGGACUUUCAGUCAACACGACCCCGUGUGCAGCCUUGACCCAGGACAGCAGGACCCGAGCUGCCCCUCCUCUCCCUACUCCCCGUGGGGGCGGAGGCCCAAAGGCCGGUGACAGAGGCUGCCCAUAGGCGGCAGAGCCCACAGGCAGAAAUGGGGUGAAGCCUGCAGGUCUGACCGCCCCAGGCUUGCCCCAAGCCCCAGGAGCCUGGGCUGGGUAGGACACAGCGUCCAGGCCAGCCCGGGGCAGGGGCAGGGGCAGGGGCAGGCCCUGGGGAUGGCAGCAGCUGCCACGUGCCCACACCUGCACUGUCGCCCGGCCCCGGGGUGUGUAUGUGUACAUCAUAAA